AUGGAGGAAAAAUAUGACAAACCUGCAAUAGAAGAAAUCUUUGAAGCGUUGGAAAAAGAUUUCCAAGAAGUCAUCAAUGAGCUUACAGGAGAUCAAAGCCUUGAGAAAUUUCGUGUGGAAUAUGAGAAGCUCCACACGGUGCUAAGAAAGUCCUAUGAGAAUGAAAAGCGUCUCAUGGCAAAAUGCAGGGAGCUGAAUGCAGAGAUUGUGGUGAAUUCGGCUAAAGUGGCUACUGCCCUGAAACUCUCACAGGAUGACCAGACAACAAUAGCAUCUCUGAAAAGGGAGAUUGAAAAGGCCUGGAAAAUGGUGGAUGCAGCUUAUGAGAAGGAGCAGAAAGCAAAGGAAACUAUCCUGUCUCUUAAAGAGGAAAUUGUGAACUUGACUAAAUUAGUGGAGCAAGGAUCUGGAUUAUCAUUGGGUCAGGAGCAUAACCUGCGGGAAUUGCUAAAAUUCAAGGAAGAAGUAACAAAGGAGCGAGACCAGCUUUUGUCAGAGGUUGUAAAGUUACGUGAAAAUGUAACAAAUAUGUCAGAUCAACAGCACGAAGCAGAAAUGACAAAAACUGUGGCAGAACAAACCAUUGCUGAGCUUACUCAGGAAAUCCAGUUGCGUCAGAAUGAGGCUACACGGGAGGCCCGAAGAAAAGAAAAAAUGGAGAGGGAACUAAAACAGCAGCAGAUGGAAUUAGACAGUAAAUUGGCUGAAAUGAAGGCAAUGCAGCAGAGUAUGAAUAAAAACAAGGAGGAACUCCUGAGAAUUGAACAGCAGCUCAAGGAGCAAAAGAUUCUGAAUGAAAGAGCCACAAAGGAACUUGAACAGUGUACGGCAAGAAAUCUCAAGCUCCAGCAAGAAAAUGAACAGCAUACUGUGGCCAUUGAUCAACUCAUGCAGGAGAACCAGCAGAAAACCACGGAGCUGAGAGCGAGAGAAGAUGAGGUGUCUCAGAUGCGUCAAGAGAUUUCAAAACUUUCUAAAGUGAGAGAGGUUAUGCAGCGAAAAUUACGUGUUGUAGAAGAGCAAAAGAUUCAUGCUGAAUUUGAAAGGGAUACCCUUAAAAAUCAGAUAAAUGGGCUGGAGAGAGAGUUGGAAGGUGCAAAAAAACAAGCUGAAGUUGAUAAAAAAGCUAUAGAUGAGCUCGUGAGAGAAAGGGACAUAUUGAACAAGAACUUGCUCAAGGCUGCUACUGUUACUCAUAAGCAGAUGAAUCUUGUUAAGCUCCAUGAACAGUCAAAGAAGAACCUGGAAGAAGAAAUUCAGAAUUAUAAGGAUGAGGCUCAGAAACAGAGAAAGAUAAUCUUCCAGCUCGAAAAAGAGAGAGACCGCUAUAUCAAUGAAGCCAGUGAUCUCACACAGAAGGUCCUCCAUCACAUGGAAGAUAUCAAAGUGAGGGAAAUGCAGAUCUUUGACUAUAAAAAGCAGAUAGCAGAGUCUGAAACAAAAUUAAAACAGCAACAGAACCUCUAUGAAGCUGUGAGAUCAGACAGAAACCUCUACAGUAAAAAUUUGAUCGAAGCCCAGGAUGAAAUCAAUGAAAUGAGAAAGAAGCUGAAGAUUAUGACACACCAGGUAGACCAGCUGAAAGAAGAGAUCUCUGCUAAAGAUGCAGCUCUUGUGAAAAUGCAUCUGGACCACCAGCGGAUAGAAAAAGAGAAAGAGGCCUUAAAGAGUGAACUGCUUAAAAUGAGACAACAAGCUCUGGAGAAACACUUUAUUGAAAAACAAGAGGAAGAAGAAAGAAAACUCUUGAAAAUUAUUUCUGAAGGUGCAGAGAGGAUCAGGCAAAAAAAGGAAUUAGACCAGGUUAUCAGUGAAAGAGACAUUCUGGGGAGCCAGCUGGUUCGUCGCAAUGAUGAAUUGGCUCUUCUAUAUGAGAAGAUCAAAAUCCAGCAAUCAAUUCUGAACAAGGGAGAAAUGCAGUACCGGCAAAGAAUGGAAGACAUCCGACUACUCAAGUUGGAGAUCAAGAAACUUCGUCGGGAGAAAGCAAUACUUGGCAAGAGUGUAGCUAAUGUGGAAGAACUCAGGCAAGAAGUUUAUCAUAUGCAGAAGGAGUUACUGAAGGAACGGACCCGCUGUAGAGCCUUGGAGGAAGAGCUUGAGAACCCCAUGAAUGUUCACAGAUGGAGAAAAUUAGAGGCCAGCGACCCAAAUACCUAUGAGUUGAUACAAAAGAUACAUGCAUUGCAGAAACGACUUAUUAGCAAGACGGAAGAAGUUGUUGAAAAAGAGUUGCUCCUCCAGGAGAAGGAGAAACUGUAUGUAGAGCUGAAGCACCUCUUGGCCCGUCAGCCUGGACCAGAAGCAGCAGAACAGUUGCAGUUGUAUCGGCACACUCUGCGGGAGAAGACCAAGCAACUUAAAGUUUUGUCAUCUGAAUUGAACAUGUAUGAAUCACAGAGUCAAGAAUACAAAUAUGAAAUUGAAAGACUUGCCAAUGAGCUUCUAAAUGUAAAGAAGAAAUACCUCACUCAAAAACGCAAGGAACAUGAACACAAGGAAAAGGAGAGAGCCUUGAGUAACAUAGAGCAUGACUACCAAGGAACGAGAGGCAGAGCUUCACGCUUCACCGGAGGUGGUUUCCCGCUUAAUAACCCACCUCCCAAAAUUGUGGCCUAACACCAUUGCAUCAUUAAACCUCAUCCAGUAGAACGGAAAAGAGACAUUGGCAUGUCCAGCUGAACUAAAAUGUUUUUGAAUACAGAUUAGAUAAUAUUACGGUUUUUAAAAUAUUUUGUAGCAAAAUAUUUCUUCGAGGUUAAUGUGUUCUUUUUUUAAAGGUAGCAUUCUGGCAUAGGCAAUGCUACUUUUUAUGCCCAGUUAGUUGAAUGCUGCACAUAAUGAAGUCACUCCCCAUCCCAUAGAUAUAUUUGGAGCAGAUAUUUCAAUUUUUACAGUUUUUGUUGUACUUCUAAGUACUCAAGACUAGAGGUAAGUUCAGUUGAAAUCAGUGAUACAUGCUUCCAAGUAAAUAUAUUGCAUAUAAAAUUGUAAUCAACUGUAAAAGAUCCAUACCUAUGUUGGCUUAAACUACCUCUUCUUCAGCAUGAAAAAACAUGAAAAAUAACUAGAAUGCUAAUAAUUUAGCUUAAGAAUUCAUCACUUUAUUGGAACAAGAUGAAUCUGUGAAAGUUUAAAGUCAUACAUGUUAAACAUUCUCAAAACUCAUUAGGAACAUUGGGAAGGUUUGCGAUAACAUUAAGCCCAUACUGGUGAAUGUAUUUCCUUUUUAUGCUAGAUAGCUAGUAUGAUGGCAACAUCUUUGACUGUACAUCUCAGUCUGUACAUUUAGAGUAUGCCUAUCUUUCAUUAAUUUGCUUCUCAUGUAUCAAAUCUAGAGUCUAAAUAUAACCAACCUUACAUUUUCAUAUCUGUUAAAAGGAAGACGCUGAUUUAGUUCUGCAACAUUUAAAGGUUGUGUACGUUUUACAUCAUAUAUACCUCUCCACACCAAAACCUUUUCAACCAAAGAGAUUUAAUUAUCAUUCGUUAGCAAGCCAUUUAAUAAUGUCAAUGUGUGAGGUGCUGAAGAAUGGGGAUAAGAGUUUAAAAUACAAUGUCUUUGAUGUAUUCUUGCCUCAGGGAUGAAAAACUCCCAGGAGAGAUCCUGAUAAAUAUUUCAUUUAAAAAAAAACUUUUGCAAAGAUAUUGAUCUUUUGUUUGGUGGAAUACAGAAUUGUAUAUUAAAGCCCCUUUGGAAAACUA